CGCACACUUUGAAAGUGAAGCUUUGGACGUGGAUCGACAGCUUGGAACUGCAGUCGGACACGCGCGCGUCAAGUGUCUAUUAUGCAAAAACGUUGGCUAUGAAUUACUUCGCAUCAUUCCGGAGCCGUUAAUGAAUGAAGUGUUUUAUUUAUCUGGGAGAGAUACAAAACAUGGACAGUUCUCGCAGUGUACAGCUGCUGAAUCCACGCGCACCGGAGCGCCCGCGCGCGCAGCACAUAGUUGGCUGACGCUUCGGAUUCUUCCUCAGUUACUUUUCGACCGUCAGCUUGUCUCUCUCUUUGCAUCGUUACUUUUGCGGAGCGCUUUCGGGCAGCUGCUGAAUCUGCUGAAAUGGAUGUGUCUAAACAAAUGCUGAUUUUAUACCUCACCUGCUCGCUCGGACCUAUGCUGUCUGUCCAGAUGUGUGAGGUCAUGUGGGAGCUGGAAGCGGAGAAAAGGGAGUGUUUGUCUAAGCUGGAAAACAUCACGUCAGGUUGCACAGGUGAAUGGGAUCUGGCGUGUUGGCCAUCAGCUCGCAUUGGAGAAGUAGUCACCAUCCCCUGUCCAAACUACUUCAGCCAUGUCAGUGAUCAAAUAGGAAACAUAUCAAAGAGCUGCACUGCUGAUGGCUGGACGGAAAUAAACUCGGUUGUGGUUGCGUAUAACUGUGGAUAUGACCCUAAUAUCACUGAGGAUGGAAACAUGGGUGAAUUUCUGAGCUCUGUGAGAACUGGAUACACUAUUGGUCACACUGUGUCUCUUAUAUCCCUCAUUAUCGCCAUCAUCAUCCUGUGCUUCUUCAGAAAACUCCACUGCACAAGAAACUACAUCCAUAUUCACUUGUUCAUGUCCUUUAUUCUGAAGGCGGUGGCAGUAAUCAUGAAGGAUGUAGUUCUGUACGAGGUGGAGGAACCUGAUGACUGCCACUAUGGAUCUGUGGGCUGCAAGGCUGCGAUGGUUUUCUUCCAGUACGGCGUCAUGGCCAGUUUCUUCUGGUUGCUGGUGGAGGGUCUGUAUCUGCACGCUCUGCUAGCCGUUUCCUUCUUUUCUGAGAGGAAGUACUUCUGGUGGUACAUCCUCAUUGGAUGGGGAGUUCCAGGUGUCUUCAUCACAAUCUGGAGCAUCACAAAAGCCUAUUUACAUGAUAUCGGAUGCUGGGAUUUUAUUGACGACGAUCUGUGGUGGAUUAUAAAAACACCUACUUUGAUAACAAUAUUGAUGAACUUUAUUCUCUUCAUUUGUAUCAUCCGGAUUCUCCGUCAGAAAAUCAGUUGUCGAGAUAUUGGGAGAAACGAAUCACACCAGUACUCGAGACUGGCUAAGUCAACUCUACUCUUGAUUCCAUUGUUUGGCAUAAACUACAUAAUCUUUGCCUUUAUGCCUCAUCACAUCCAGUCUUACAUACGUCUGGUGUUUGACUUGAUCCUGGGGUCAUUUCAGGGAUUUUGUGUCGCUGUCCUGUACUGUUUUCUAAAUGGAGAGGUUCAGUCUGAGAUUAAGCGUAAAUGGAGGCGAUGGCACAUGCAGAGGUUUCUGGGAGCAGACACCAAAUACCAUCAGCCCUCGACGGCGAGCAACGGCCUCAACUUUAGCUCCCAAAUCACCAUGAUGACCAAAUGCAGCCCCAGCACCCGCCGUGCCUCUGCAUGCCAGGAUGACUUCUCAGCUGUCUGAUCGAAGCGGUGCUGUCUGUGACUAUACACAGAAACUGAAGAGUGUGUGUUCGACACACAGUCACCCGCAGCACUUUCACCAUCCAGAGGCGUUGCUCCUGGAGGAACUGCGCAGAUCGUGAGGAAAAGCACACAGAUCCAGGCUCAUGGUGAUAGUUUAACACGUGAUGCAUCUUCAUUUCAUCCACAUUCAUCAGGAGGAAGUAUGCAAAUGAAGCAGACUGGUUUGAUUAUUUCUUCAGACUGAAGAGCACAGGUUUCUGCUCAAGAGUUUAAGACGAGACAAUGCAGGCGAAUGGGGUUCUGAAGAUUAACUAAUAGUUAUCAUCAUACUUACCCAGUUCAUUGACAACAUGAAGAACCACAAUUUUUUUCAAUAAUCAAAAAUACAAAUGUUUUCUAAAAUGAAUUUAUUUAUUUUUUUUGUGCUGGGCUAAGAUACACAUUCAAAAUAAACGUUUGUUUUGAUAU